AUGACUGUCCCCGAGAUCGACGAGAAGUUCGACGAGAAGGCCCACGCCACUCACAUCGAGUCGGCUGCUGGCCACGACGAGUGGAGCCACAUCCGUAGCGAUGCCAUCAUCGCUGAAGACAAGGAACGCGCGAUGGGUGUGAUCGAGGGCCUCAAGACCUACCCCGCAGCCGUCUUCUGGUCGUUCUGCAUUUCCUGCUGUAUCAUUAUGGAGGGCUACGACACAGCAGUGCUCGGUAAUGUCAUUGGUCUCCCCCAGUUCCGCCAGAAGUUUGGAACCUUUAUCGACGAGGAGAACGGAUACCAGCUGUCGGCUGCUUGGCAGACCGCGAUCGGCCAAGCACCCAACAUUGGGUGUCUCUUCGGUAUUACUCUUGCCUCUUAUUGCCAGGACCGCUGGGGUUACAAGCGCACCCUCCAGGCCGGUCUCGUCUUCCUUGUUGGUUGCAUCUUCAUCGUCUUCUUCGCACCUUCCAUCGAGGUCCUCUUCGCCGGAGAGUUCCUUUGCGGUCUCCCGUGGGGUGCCUUCUCGUCCUCUGCCGUGUCCUACGCCUCAGACGUCACACCUGUCGCUCUCCGUGGCUAUCUGACGACUUAUGUCAACCUGUGUUGGAUUAUCGGUCAGAUCCUCGCUGCCGGUAUCCUUUACCGCGUCCUCGAUAUUGAGAGUGAGUGGGCCUACAAGAUUGCCUUCGCCAUCCAGUGGGUCUGGCCGAUUCCUCUCUUUAUCGCCAUUACGCUUGCCCCGGAGUCGCCAUGGUUCCUGGUUCGCAAAGGCCGCCUCGAGGACGCUAAGCGGGUUGUCCAGCGUCUUGCCCGGAAGGGUGACACCGUCGACCCUGCCCAGACUGUUGCCAUGAUGGUCCGCACCAACCAGCUGGAGAUCGACAACAACACCCAGGGCUCGUUCGCCGACUGCUUCAAGCGCACCGACCGCCGCCGUACCGAGAUUGCGUGCCUUGGCUGGCUCUGCCAGGUUCUUUGUGGAAUGGUCUUUGCCGGUUCACCUGUCUACUUCCUCCAGCAGGCUGGCAUGAGCACGAACAACACCUUCCAGGUCAACCUCGGCAUUACCUUCAUGGCCUUUGCCGGUACCUGUCUUUCGUGGAUUGCCCUCACUUUCGGUGGUCGUCGUCCCUUCUUCAUUGGCGGCAUGAUCGUCAUGGGUGUCAUCAUCUACAUUAUCGGUGGCCUUGGAUUUGCUGCAGACCACAACCAGAACAUUCGUUGGGGCCAGGCUGCCCUCAUUAUGAUCUUCGUCUUUACAUACGACUUCACCGUCGGUCCCUUGGCUUACUGCGUCGUUGGUGAGACAUCUGCCACCCGUCUUCGCGCCAAGUCGGUCGGACUCGCGCGCAUGACCUACAACCUCGGAAACAUCGUCUGCGGUAUUCUUAACACCUACAUGGUCAACCCCACCGCCUGGAACCUGAAGUCGCGCUCUGCGCUUCUCUGGGCCGGUACCAACACGGUUAUGACCGUCUGGUGCUACUUCCGCCUCCCAGAAAUGCGUGGCCGCACCUACCGCGAGCUCGACAUUCUGUUUGAGCGCGAAGUUCCUGCGCGCGACUUCAAAAAGACUGUUGUCACCGACGAGGACGACGCCUAA